AUCCCAUCAUCAGCUUCUUCAUCAAUCACAACCACAAACACUACCACAACCACUUUCGUACUCAUCUUCAUACUACAAUUUUUUUCGGUUUUGUCUUUCCUCCAAUACCAACUCGUUGAAUUACUUUCAAGAUGCUCGCCAAGGUUAUCUUCCUCACUCUCGUGGCUGUCGCCGCCGCUGCCCCGCAGAACCCCACCCACAAGAACGACGCAGAGGCCAUCAAAAACCAGUGUGGUGGCGACGCCGAAGUCUACUGCUGCAACAACGAGACCGCCGAGAAGGCAACCAAUCCAAAGUCCGUUUUUCCCAUCGAUGCCGACGUUGCCGACCUGCAGAACCUUCUUGGACAGUGCAACGAUGUCACUGUUGCUAUUUUCCGCAACCUUGUUCCUCUCAACAGGAUGUGCUCUCAGCAGGCAGUUUGCUGCAACAAGACUGAGCAGACGGGUGUUGUCAACAUCGCCUGCAACCCGAUCCACAUCUAAAUACAUACUACCGCUACUACAGCGACAUGUUGUUUAGUAUGUAGAUCAUGAUAUUACUUAUGGUAGUGGUAAAGAACAGGUCUCUGAUUACAACGUUUGUCCUUGUAUCCAGAGCUUCAUCCUCUUCCUACUAUCUCUAUAUUCUAUUUCCUUUUAAUUCAGACUCUUAGAGUACCCUAGACUAUACACUAAAAACCCAAAUGAAUUUUUUUUCUACG